AUAAAGCAGUGAAGGGAAACUGAAAGAAGUAUUAUAUGCCUUACUGAUCAGAACACUUUCUGAAGUAUUUGGGCAAACUACAUAUAUAUGUAGUAAAAUCUACAAAGGCUGAAGGUGUGGAGAGCAUGGGUUAUGAUCUGGAGCGCUUCGUGGGCUACGUGAACGAGGGGCUGUUGUGCUCCAUCUGCCGAGACGUGUUAGAGGAUCCGCUGCAGGCUCCUUGCGAGCACGCUUUCUGCACUGCCUGUAUCCACGGCUGGCUCGUUCAUCACAGCAACUGCCCUGAGGACAGACAAGUGAUUGAUGUGUCUUUGCUGCGGCCUCUCUACAGAUAUAUGAAAAAUGAUUUAAACCGUCUUCAGCUACAUUGCAGAAACAGAGAGUAUGGCUGUGAAAUGGUUUGUUCUCUGGAGUCUAUAGACAGGCAUGAAAGGGAGUGUGAGUACAGUCAGAUACCUUGCUCCAAUGCUGGUUGCACCGUGCAGAUCGAGCGGCGUAACCUGGACGGGCACCUGGCGGUGUGCGAGUUCCGGAGCCGGGAGUGCCCCAACGGCUGUGGCUACACCAUCCUCAGCGCAGAGGACACGCAGCACAACUGUGUGGCAGAGCUGAGAACCGAGCUGGAGCUGCUUCGGUCAGAAAUGAUCUGCAGAGUGGAGGAGGCAAAACAUGAGAUGGAGUCAAGGUUAGAUUCACAGAGAAGGCAUAUGGUCCAAAAAGAGAGUAUUCUGCAAAAUGAAAUUGAAGAACUAAAGAGCCAGAUGUCACGGAUGAUGUCAGAUGUGCGGUCUCUGAUGGCAGCAGAGAGACAGCACCGUCAAGAGCUGGAGCAGGCAGAGCUGGAAAAACGGGAGUUAAUGGAGCUGCUGAAGGGGCUGCAGAAGGACUGCAGAUUAACCACUACAGAGGGAAGCAGGAAGUCAAAUUUCCGUCCUCUGACACGACUAGAGAGUGUGAAAAGAAAGCCUAGGGAAGUUACGGUUAUCUAAAUAGUACUGAGCUCAAAAAGCAUUUUCUUCAAAUACUGGCUUCUGGCAAGCUGCUUUCUUUGAAUGAUUGGUAAACUUUAUAUAAUUUCUGAUUUACUUGUUUUCUUUUAAGGUCUAAAUUGAAACUGUAUUUCCUUUGGGGCCAUGAAAACAAACAGAAAUUUUUUAUUUUUUUUUCUGAGGGAAUACUGGUCAUUAAAACCAGUAAUUGGAAGACAUAUUUCCAGCUAAUGUUUUUAUAAAAAGGGGAAGGAGACUUGAUUUAUUCCUUCUUUACUGUAUCACUUACAGGAAUCUUUCGAGACUGAAAGCUACAGCUUUCUAAAGUCAAAGAUACAGACUAUUAUGGACCAAGAAGAAAAAACAUUUAGGUAUCUCUGUUUCAAACAAAAAAGCAAAUGUGCCCAUUUGGGAUGUACUUAAUUUGGGGAAAAGUGAAUAGUAGAAUUAGUAAGUCAGUAAUAGAAAUUAAUUAGAUGUUGUUUGUAGUCUGUACAAGGUCUUACUUCAAAGGUGGAAAGCAAGCACUUUAAAUUCUUAAUUCUUCUGCUAUGUAAAGGCUUCGGAUGAGGUUGACUGUUACUUUAGAGCUUCUCAUUCCCCAAGUUGAUACACACUUACAAGAUAAUACCUACCCGAGGUAAUAGAAUAAUCUAAAACCCUUUGAACAGAUGUGUGGAUAACUUUGAGUUAGUGGGAAUGGAUCUGCUUCUUAUUUAAAAAUUUGAAGCUUUUAUAUGUGAAAGUAUCAGGUAUUUCUGCAGGAUCUUUUGAGCAUAAGACCAGUCUGUUUACUCACUGUCUUUAAAGUAUAUAUAGAUACCUAGAGUAUCCUUAAUUUUCUUGGCAGGUUUAAGGCUACUUGAUAUGCACAAGAGGUGAAUAUUUGCACAGUCACUUGGGCUUCAGACAUCUGUGUUAGUGGUCAAGCAGGCUGCAGGGAGUGCCAGAGCCUGGCACUGGCAUCAAAGGGUAACAGAACACUUGUGUGUGAGUAGGUCAAUGACCUGCUCU